CAAUUGCAGCGACAUUUCAGAAGAGUCACAGCCACGGAUAAAGUACCCAAAGGUGCAGGUGGCCGAGGAGAGAAAAAGGUCAGAAUGAGAACACUCGCUGUCCUGGCUGCCACGCUGGUUCUGGCCUGCACGGAAGCCUUCUUCCCGUUCAUCUGGAGAGGCAAAGAACUCCUUUGGGGAAAGCCUGCGGAGUCUCGCAUUGCCAGCAUCCUGGAGGAAAGCAAGUGCCUGGUGGACACCGCCAUGUAUACCACCAUGCAGAGAAACCUCAGGAAAAGAGAAAUCCUUUCCCCAGCUCAGCUUCUGUCUUUUUCCAAACGUCCUGAGCCAACAAGUGGCGCAGUUGCCCGAGCAGCAGAGAUCAUGGAAACAUCAAUACAAGCGAUGAAAAGAAAAGUCAGCCUGGAAACUCAGCAGUCACAGCACCCCACCGAUGCUUUAUCAGAAGAUCUGCUGAGCAUUGUCGCAAAUGUGUCCGGAUGCCUGCCGUACAUGCUGCCACCAAAAUGCCCAAACACUUGCCUGGCCAACAAAUACAGACUCAUCACAGGAGCCUGCAACAACAGAGACCACCCCAGAUGGGGAGCCUCCAACACAGCCCUGGCUCGAUGGCUCCCUCCAGUCUACGAGGAUGGCUUCAGUCAGCCCCGAGGCUGGAAUGCUGGCUUCUUACACAACGGGUUCCCCUUGCCCCCGGUCCGGGAGGUGACACGACAGGUCAUUCAAGUUUCAAACGAGGUUGUCACAGACGAUGACCACUAUUCCGACCUCCUGAUAGCAUGGGGACAAUAUAUCGACCAUGACAUCGCGUUCACACCGCAGAGCACCAGCAAGGCUGCCUUCGCAGGAGGGGCUGACUGCCAGGUGACCUGUGAGAACCAAAACCCAUGUUUCCCCAUACAGCUCCGCGAGGAGGCCCGGCCCGCCGCGGGCUCCGCCUGCCUGCCCUUCUACCGCUCGGCGGCCGCCUGCGGCACCGGGGAGGCGGGCACGCCCUUCCUGGGGAACCUGUCGGAGGCGCCCCCGCGGCAGCAGGUGAACGGGCUGACCUCGUUCCUGGACGCGUCCACCGUGUACGGCGGCUCCCCAGGCCUGGAGCGGCGGCUGCGGAACUGGACCAGCGCUGAGGGGCUGCUCCGCGUCCACGUGCGACACCGCGACUCCGGCCGCGCCUACCUGCCCUUCGCGCCGCCACGCGCGCCCGCGGCCUGCGCACCCGAACCCGGCGCCCCCGGAGCGGCCCGCGGCCCCUGCUUCCUGGCCGGGGACGGCCGCGCCAGCGAGGUCCCGGCCCUGACGGCGCUGCACACACUGUGGCUGCGCGAACACAACCGCCUGGCCGCGGCGCUCAAGGCCCUCAAUGCGCACUGGAGCGCGGAAGCCGUGUACCAAGAGGCGCGCAAGGUCGUGGGCGCCCUGCACCAGAUCAUCACCCUGAGGGAUUAUGUCCCCAGGAUCCUGGGACCCGAGGCCUUCCGGGAGCAUGUGGGCCCCUAUGAAGGCUAUGACUCCACCGCCAACCCCACUGUGUCUAACGUGUUCUCCACGGCCGCCUUCCGCUUCGGCCAUGCCACGAUCCACCCACGGGUGAGGAGGCUGGAUGCUUACUUCCAGGAGCACCCCGACCUGCCCACGCUGUGGCUGCAUGAGGCAUUCUUCAGCCCUUGGACGCUCCUCCGAGGAGGUGGUUUGGACCCGCUAGUCCGAGGCCUCCUUGCAAAACCAGCCAAACUGCAGCUGCAGGAUCAGCUGAUGAAUGAGGAGCUGACGGAAAGGCUCUUCAUGCUGUCCAAUUCCAGCACCUUGGAUCUGGCGUCCAUCAACCUGCAGAGAGGCCGGGACCACGGGCUUCCAGGUUACAAUGCGUGGAGGGAGUUCUGUGGCCUGCCGCGCCUGGAGACCCCAGCUGACCUGCACAUGGCCAUCGCCAGCAGGAGCGUGGCCGCCAAGAUCCUGGACUUGUACAAGCAUCCUGACAACAUCGACGUCUGGCUGGGAGGCUUAGCUGAAAACUUCCUCCCCGGGGCCCGGACAGGCCCCCUGUUUGCCUGUCUCAUUGGGAAGCAGAUGAAGGCUCUGAGGGACGGUGACUGGUUUUGGUGGGAGAACAGCCACGUCUUCACGGAUGCGCAGAGGCAUGAGCUGGAGAAGCACUCCCUGUCUCGGGUCAUCUGCGACAACACCGGCCUCACCAGGGUGCCUGUCGAUGCCUUCCAAGUUGGAAAAUUCCCCGAAGACUUCCAGCCUUGUGACAGCAUCCCUGGCAUGAGCCUGGAGGCUUGGAGGGAGGCCUUCCCUCCAGAGGACAAGUGUGGCUUCCCAGAGAGCGUGGAGAACGGGGACUUCGUGCACUGUGAGGAGUCUGGGAGGCGCGUGCUGGUGUACUCCUGCCGGCACGGAUAUGAGCUCCAGGGCCAGGAGCAGCUCACCUGCACCCAGGAAGGGUGGGACUUCCAGCCUCCCCGCUGCAAAGAUGUGAACGAGUGUGCAGACAGUGCCCACCCCCCCUGCCAUGCCUCCGCGAGGUGCAGAAACACCAAGGGAAGUUUCCGGUGCCUCUGCGAGGACCCCUACGAGUUAGGAGAUGAUGGGAGGACCUGCAUAGACUCCAGGAGCCUCCCAUGGGCGUCUUGGGUCUCCAUCUCGCUGGCUGUUCUGCUGAUCGGAGGCUUGGCAGGUCUCACCUGGACAGUGAUUUGCAGGUGGACGGUGCCAGGAAGGAAGGCUGGGACACCCACAGGCUGCCGAGAGCCCUCUGAGGGCAAACUGGCACCGACACUGAAUCCCGGAGAACAGCUUCGUGUACCCAAAGUAACCGGUAUGACUGUUUCCCAAACACAGGCAAAUUAGCGUCAUGUUGUACUUACUCUCAGCACAGACGAAUAAAUACUGUCACUGCAUUUGUCCAGCCUUUUCUUGUAAACAUUGCCUGAUCUGUUCCUUCCGGAGCCUUGCCAUUACAGUGUACUGAUAGGUGACACGUCUUUACUUAUGAACCCUGGAAACGUCACUCUUGCCGUCAUCCUGUCUCCACCUUCUGGCAUCUCCCAUGCUGUGUUCCCCUUCAC